AUGAUAACUCCAUUCUUCAAGCUAGAACAGACAGAGGAGCAUGUUGUUGUGACCAUAAAAGCCCCUAAUGCCAAUAUUCGGGAUGCGGAGAUUGAUUUUUGCGAAAAGACAUUCAUUUUCUCAGCCGCCCCUUAUUUCCUCAGGUUGUACUUGCCUGGAUUUGUUGGUAUUCCCGAAAAUUCGUCGAGCGACUAUGAAGCUGAUAGUGGUAAGCUCUUUUUAGUUGUUUUUUCUUAUUUUUUAGGACAAUAGACGCGAAGCUUUAAUAUAUUACUUUAGGUACCUUUGUAAUCAAAGUGCCAAAACAGAACAAAGGUGAAGAAUUCAAGGAUCUGGAAAUGCUCAGUGAACUUCUGAAGCCUCAAAGACCCUCUGGACAAAGUAAUGUGGAAGAAUUGGAAGAGGAAAUUGGUUAGUUGUUAUCUUAUACUAUACUUGAUUAUAUCAAAACUUGAUGAAUAAUAUUACAGAGGGAGUCUUGGCUGAUCAGAAGCUUCAGAAAGAAGAGGAAUCGCCGAACCUCGAAGAAAUAAAGAAGUUUGGCUAUGGAUUUGGAUGGUAUAAAAUGGGAAUCAUGAAGAAAUUUGGGGAAGAACUUGAAGAUUUAUUUGCCAUCAGAAAUCCAGAUGAAGUUGAGAUCACAAAACGCUAUGAUAUCAUGGUUAAGAACGACGAGAAAUCCUUUGAUUCCGAGCAUUAUCUUGCGGAUUUAUUCGAUGUUCCAGAUGAGUUGACCCAGAUUAUAAAGGUGAGUAGUUCAAUAACAAAUAAUGUUAUAAUAAGUUUAUUGAAGGGAUUAGGAGGAAAUCUAUGAUGUAUAUGACAUCAAAUUGGCCUUAUAAGCAUCUAUGAAAAAUUUUUUUAGUCAUCUUUGCCAUCAAAUAUAUUCACCUUCAACGACGACGACCGAUUGAUACUAAAGGACUUAAAGGUCAUCAAACUGAAAAGAUUCACUGCAGAGGAGAACAAACAGAUCAUGUAUUCUCUAUUGGAUAUAUUGUUUUCGUAUCUGCUGGAUCUCAGGAUAAAUGAUUGGGAGCCAAACGUCCAAUCCGAUGUUAUGGUAGCUAAAAUAUCCCCGUCAAUAUCAAAUUUUGUGAGAUUUUCAACUUUAAAAGACUCCAUAACCUCAGCAAUACGUAGGACCUUGUGUUAUUGUCUGUACAGAAACUUUGAUUUGUGCAAAAAAGAACUGGAAGAUCUGGAUGUUAUACUAGAGAAAGGUAAGUUAUUUUUUGGAGUUUUGGCGAUCCAUUGUAGUGUUUGAGUAGUACGGUUUGUUCCAGGACGAUCCUGCCUCCUCCAUUGUCUACUUGCCCUAAGGAAACGGUUCUACAAUUCAUCUCAUGACUUCAUUUAUCUGUUUAAUCAACUUUUUAUUGACGAUUAUUGCAUAUGGAUCCAAAUUGUUGAUGAAAAGGUGUUGGAACAAGUUCGGGAAGAGCUCAAGGAGAUUAGAAAGAGUCUUCAGAAGUCAGACAUCUCUGAAUUGGACCUUGAUUACAUCGAAACGGAAGCCAAAAUGAUCAUGAUGAAGGUCGAGAACGGGGAAUAUGAUUCAGAUGAUAAUUAA